GAUUGUUGAGAGAACUGAGGAAGGUAAAAUAGAAGUUUUCAAAAAAAUUUCGCCCUUCUUCAUCAACCAACUGGUUUUAAAAAAGAAAAAGAAAAAAGAAAAUCAAAUACUGGUGAAAAGUAUUAAAAUCAUUCAAGCUGUACAAAAUAUAAUUAUUGAAAAAAAGAGAAAAAGUUGGGAAAAAAAAAAUGAAAUUUGGAGAGGCGUUCACGGAGUACCUGCAUGGAGAACAGGACAGGUUCUUGGAAAAAUGUGGGCAUGUCGAAUAUAACACUCUCAAGAAAGUACUCAACACCUGUCGGAGCUGCAACGCUUUACGUCACUCUUGCACUUCUGAUUCUUCUGGCUGCCAAUGCCAAUCUUGCCCAUUGUGUGAUCAGAAGUUCUUUUCUGAGUUGAUGAAGGAAGCUUCACAAAUAGCUGGAUGCUUUAGCUCGAGAGUCAGGCAUCUCCUUCAUCUUCAUGUUGCUACUGGAAUGCAAAGAUAUGUAUUGAACUUGCGUCGUUGUUUCAGGAAUGAUCAGCAAGCCAUGGUACUAGAAGGAUGGAUGCUGAUUGAAUAUGCUCUCAUGAAUGCGAUUGCAAUCAGAAAGAUUCUUAAGAAGUAUGACAAAAUUCAUGGAUCUGUAAACGGAAGGAAUUUCAAAUCCAAGUUGCGGGCUGAACAUGUUGAGCUUUUGCAAUCACCUUGGCUUAUAGAAUUGGGUGCCUUUUACUUGAAUUCUAAUGGAUCAGAUGAUGGAGACUUAAAGGAGUUUGCUAGUAACUUUUCCUGUGAUUUCAAUGUGAACCCACCUGUAAUGACAUUGAUGCUUCCACAUCUGAUAAAGCUAGAAUUUGAUCUGACUUGUGCUAUUUGCUUGGAUAUUGUUUUUAAUCCGUAUGCUUUGAGUUGUGGUCAUCUUUUCUGUAAGUCCUGUGCUUGUUCAUCUGCUUCUGUGUUUCUCUUGGAAGGCCUUAGAGCAGCAAGUCCAAAGUCGAAGUGUCCAAUAUGCAGAGAGGUUGGAGUAUAUGCAAAAGCAGUGCACAUGUUAGAACUGGAUAUCCUCUUAAAAAGAAGGUGCAAAGACUAUUGGAAGGAGAGACUAACUGCGGAACGUGCUGAGAUGUUGGCUCAAUCUAAGUUGCAUUGGGCCAAGUAUGCAUAUGGGUAUUGACUGUGUGUUUAUCUGAUAAAACAAGAAAAUUCAUGUAGUACUAAACAAUUGUGGAUAUGGCUGUAGCUUGGAGCCUAGCAGCAUCUUCAGUCAGGUUUACUUGUGAGCAGCUUGUGAAAAUGCUUUACUUUAACAUUUGAGGAAGACAUAUAUUUUUUCCUGGUUACCAAAUUGAUAUGGUAUGAAAACAUUGCAAUGGAUGGUUGCUUGAUAUAUGAUUUUGAGUGUAUCUGACAUGUAAUAAUGAUUUGGUGUAAUCUGAGGAAGACACUCCAUCUCCACCA